AUGGUAGCUAUUGUUAAAAGCUGGCUAAAAAAAGAAAAAUAUGGAGAGGGAAAAUGGUGGUUGUUAUUAUUAGCAUAUAACAAUACUAAGACUGGCAAAGGAAAUUCACCAGCAGAGAUGUUUUUAGGUAGAAAAACAAGAACUGAAUUAGAUUUUUUGAAAGAAAAGAUAAAGCAAAAGGAUGAUACAUAUGAUGAGAAAUUUACAGUUGGAAGUUUAGUAUGGAUUCUACUGUUUGAUGGUCCAGUUAAAUGGGGGAAGGGUAUAGUAAGUAAGAAUAUAGGAAGAAAAAAAGUAGAUGUAGAAAUUGAAGGGCAAGAAGGAACCUUUACUAGACACCUGAAACAAGUAAGACUUAGAAGCUUAGGGCAAGUAAAAGAUAUAUGA